UCCCCCCUCCGCGCCCGGGGCUUGGCCUGCGGUCGCCCGGGGGCCCAGGACCGGCCCCAGCCUGUCACCCCGGUGGCGGUGGCGGCGACAGCUGCAGAGACCGCGGCUGCGUGGGUGCCAGCUGCAGGCCGCCAAGGUGCGCUGCAAGGCAACAUCUGGACGGGGCUCCCGGCCCCUUAGCUGCCCACGGUCCCCAGGACCCACUUGCUGAAAACUGUACUGCUGGUGAAGAAAGCUUCUCAGAUGCAUCAGAACAUCAGCAGGGAAAGUGACUCAACAUAAAGUGAGAAUUUAGAGAACCAGUUCUUGGCUUCAUGAAUCUUCUUGAUGGUCUUCUGUUCUUUCUCCUGUCUCCUGCUAACCCCUGGACCUCUUAGUUGCUGUUUCGAGUUGGCUUCCUCAGUGAGACUCUCCCAGCCCUUCGGCAAGAUGGUGGCCCUGUCUUUGAAGAUCUGCGUCCGCCACUGCAAUGUGGUGAAGACCAUGCAGUUCGAGCCCUCCACGGCCGUGUACGAUGCCUGCCGAGUCAUCCGAGAGCGGGUGCCCGAGGCGCAGACUGGCCAGGCCUCAGACUAUGGGCUGUUUCUCUCGGAUGAAGACCCCCGGAAAGGGAUUUGGCUGGAAGCAGGAAGAACACUGGAUUACUACAUGUUACGGAAUGGGGAUAUCUUGGAAUAUAAAAAGAAGCAGAGGCCUCAGAAAAUCCGGAUGCUGGACGGGUCUGUGAAAACAGUCAUGGUGGAUGACUCCAAGACUGUCGGGGAACUGCUGGUGACCAUCUGCAGCAGGAUAGGCAUAACCAACUAUGAAGAAUACUCUCUGAUCCAAGACACGAUCGAAGAGAAGAAAGAGGAAGGGACAGGCACUCUGAAGAAAGACAGGACGCUGUUACGAGAUGAAAGGAAGAUGGAGAAGCUGAAAGCCAAGCUCCACACAGAUGAUGACUUGAACUGGCUGGAUCACAGCCGGACGUUCCGAGAACAAGGCGUCGACGAGAGUGAGACUCUGCUGCUCCGCCGCAAGUUCUUCUACUCCGACCAGAACGUGGACUCCAGGGACCCGGUGCAGCUGAACCUGCUCUAUGUCCAGGCCCGGGAUGACAUCCUCAACGGCUCCCACCCCGUGUCCUUUGAGAAAGCUUGUGAGUUCGGUGGAUUUCAAGCCCAGAUACAAUUUGGACCUCACGUGGAGCAUAAACAUAAGCCUGGAUUUUUAGAUUUAAAGGAAUUCCUGCCCAAAGAAUACAUUAAGCAGAGAGGAGCUGAGAAGAGAGUAUUUCAGGAACACAAGAACUGUGGAGAGAUGAGUGAAAUCGAAGCCAAGGUCAAGUACGUCAAGCUCGCUCGCUCCCUCCGGACCUACGGAGUGUCUUUUUUCCUUGUGAAGGAGAAGAUGAAAGGCAAAAACAAGUUGGUGCCUCGCCUGCUAGGCAUCACCAAGGACUCGGUGAUGCGCGUGGACGAGAGGACCAAGGAGGUGCUGCAGGAGUGGCCGCUGACCACGGUCAAGCGCUGGGCAGCCUCACCCAAGAGCUUCACACUGGAUUUUGGGGAAUAUCAAGAGAGCUAUUAUUCAGUGCAGACCACGGAGGGAGAACAGAUAUCCCAGCUGAUAGCAGGUUACAUUGACAUCAUCCUCAAAAAGAAACAAAGCAAAGAUAGGUUUGGACUAGAAGGUGAUGAAGAGUCAACCAUGUUAGAAGAGUCUGUUUCCCCAAAAAAGUCCACCAUCCUGCAGCAGCAGUUCAACCGGACGGGGAAGGUGGAGCAUGGCUCGGUGGCCCUGCCCGCUGUCAUGCGCUCCGGCUCCAGCGGCCCCGAGACCUUCAACGUGGGCAGCAUGCCCUCUCCUCAGCAGCAAGUCCUGGUCGGCCAGAUGCACCGAGGACACAUGCCCCCCUUGACGUCGGCCCAGCAGGCCCUCAUGGGCACCAUCAACACCAGCAUGCACGCUGUCCAGCAGGCCCAGGACGACCUCGGCGAGCUGGACUCCCUCCCGCCGCUCGGCCAAGACAUGGCGUCCAGGGUGUGGGUUCAGAAUAAAGUCGACGAGUCCAAGCACGAGAUCCAUUCCCAAGUCGAUGCUAUCACGGCGGGCACCGCGUCGGUGGUUAACCUCACAGCUGGUGACCCUGCCGACACCGACUACACGGCCGUGGGCUGCGCCAUCACCACCAUCUCUUCCAACCUGACGGAGAUGUCCAAGGGUGUGAAGCUGCUGGCGGCCCUCAUGGACGACGAGGUGGGCAGCGGGGAGGACUUGCUCAGAGCGGCCAGGACGUUGGCGGGGGCCGUGUCGGACCUGCUGAAGGCUGUGCAGCCGACUUCUGGAGAGCCUCGCCAGACUGUCCUCACCGCUGCCGGGAGCAUCGGGCAAGCCAGCGGGGACCUGCUGAGGCAGAUGGGGGAGAAUGAGACGGACGAGCGAUUCCAGGAUGUGCUGAUGAGUCUGGCCAAGGCCGUUGCCAAUGCUGCUGCCAUGCUGGUGUUGAAGGCGAAGAAUGUGGCCCAAGUGGCAGAGGACACGGUCCUGCAGAACAGGGUCAUCGCUGCAGCCACGCAGUGCGCCCUCUCCACCUCCCAGCUCGUGGCCUGCGCCAAGGUGGUGAGCCCCACCAUCAGCUCGCCGGUGUGCCAGGAGCAGCUGAUCGAGGCGGGCAAGCUGGUGGACCGCUCGGUGGAGAACUGCGUGCGGGCCUGCCAGGCGGCCACGGACGACGGGGAGGUGCUGAAGCAGGUUGGCGCGGCGGCCAGCGUGGUGAGCCAGGCCCUGCACGACCUCCUGCAGCACGUGCGCCAGUUCGCCAGCCGCGGGGAGCCCAUCGGCCGCUAUGACCAGGCCACGGACACGAUCAUGUGUGUCACCGAGAGCAUCUUCAGCUCCAUGGGCGAUGCCGGUGAAAUGGUGCGCCAGGCCCGGGUCCUGGCUCAGGCCACCUCGGACCUCGUCAAUGCCAUGAGGUCAGACGCGGAAGCCGAAAUCGACAUGGAGAAUUCCAAGAAGCUCUUGGCGGCCGCCAAGCUCCUGGCUGACUCCACGGCUCGCAUGGUGGAGGCUGCGAAGGGGGCUGCAGCCAACCCUGAGAAUGAGGACCAGCAGCAGAGGCUGAGAGAGGCCGCAGAAGGCCUGCGGGUAGCCACCAACGCAGCUGCCCAGAACGCUAUCAAGAAAAAGAUCGUCAACCGCCUGGAGGUUGCAGCCAGGCAGGCAGCCGCCGCAGCCACACAGACCAUCGCCGCCUCCCAGAACGCAGCCGUGACCAACAAGAACGCGGCCGCCCAGCAGCAGCUGGUGCAGAGCUGCAAGGCAGUAGCUGACCACAUCCCCCAGCUGGUCCAGGGCGUCCGAGGGAGCCAGGCCCAGGCGGAAGACCUCAGCGCCCAGCUGGCUCUCAUCAUCUCCAGCCAGAACUUCCUCCAGCCCGGAAGCAAGAUGGUGUCGUCUGCCAAAGCUGCGGUGCCCACCGUGAGUGACCAGGCGGCCGCCAUGCAGUUGAGCCAGUGUGCCAAGAACCUCGCCACCAGCCUGGCAGAGCUGCGGACCGCCUCGCAGAAGGCCCACGAAGCCUGCGGGCCCAUGGAAAUCGACUCAGCUCUGAGCACCGUGCAGACGCUCAAGAGUGAACUGCAGGACGCCAAGAUGGCGGCCGUGGAGAGUCAGCUGAAGCCACUCCCGGGAGAGACCCUGGAGAAGUGCGCUCAGGACCUGGGAAGCACCUCGAAAGCCGUGGGCUCCUCCAUGGCGCAGCUCCUGACGUGUGCAGCCCAGGGCAACGAGCACUACACAGGUGUGGCCGCCCGAGAGACGGCUCAGGCUCUGAAGACCCUGGCCCAGGCCGCACGGGGCGUGGCCGCGUCGACCAGUGACCCCGUGGCUGCCCACGCCAUGCUGGAUUCCGCUCGGGACGUGAUGGAGGGCUCGGCCCUGCUCAUCCAGGAAGCCAAGCAGGCCCUGGUCGCUCCUGGGGACGCCGAGAGCCAGCAGAGGCUGGCCCAGGUGGCCAAAGCCGUCUCACACUCCCUGAAUAACUGUGUGAAUUGCCUCCCUGGCCAGAAGGAUGUGGACGUGGCCUUGAAGAGCAUCGGGGAGUCCAGCAAGAAGCUGCUGGUGGACUCGUUACCUCCAAGCACGAAGCCCUUUCAGGAGGCCCAGAGUGAGCUGAACCAAGCGGCAGCCGACCUGAAUCAGUCUGCAGGGGAGGUGGUGCACGCCACCCGGGGCCAGAGCGGGGAACUGGCUGCCGCCUCCGGGAAGUUCAGCGAUGACUUUGACGAGUUUCUGGACGCUGGCAUUGAGAUGGCGGGGCAAGCCCAGACCAAAGAAGACCAGAUGCAGGUCAUCAGCAACCUCAAGAACAUCUCCAUGGCGUCCAGCAAGCUGCUCCUGGCUGCCAAGUCACUCUCAGUGGACCCAGGGGCUCCCAAUGCCAAAAAUCUCCUGGCUGCAGCCGCGAGAGCAGUGACGGAGAGCAUCAACCAGCUCAUCACCCUGUGCACCCAGCAAGCCCCCGGCCAGAAAGAGUGUGACAACGCGCUGCGGGAACUCGAGACCGUCAAGGGCAUGCUGGACAACCCCAAUGAGCCCGUGAGUGACCUCUCGUACUUCGACUGCAUCGAGAGCGUGAUGGAGAACUCCAAGGUUCUUGGGGAGUCCAUGGCAGGAAUUUCGCAGAACGCCAAGACUGGGGACCUUCCGGCCUUUGGGGGGUGCGUGGGCGUAGCGUCCAAGGCGCUCUGUGGCCUCACGGAGGCGGCGGCCCAGGCCGCAUACCUGGUGGGCAUCUCCGAUCCCAACAGCCAGGCAGGUCACCAGGGCCUGGUGGACCCCAUCCAGUUUGCCAGGGCCAAUCAGGCCAUCCAGAUGGCCUGCCAGAACCUCGUGGACCCAGGCAGCAGCCCCUCACAGGUCCUGUCUGCCGCCACCAUCGUCGCCAAGCACACCUCCGCCUUGUGCAACGCCUGCCGCAUCGCCUCGUCCAAGACGGCCAACCCCGUGGCCAAGAGGCACUUUGUGCAGUCGGCCAAGGAGGUGGCCAACAGCACUGCCAACCUGGUGAAGACCAUCAAGGCCCUGGAUGGGGACUUCUCUGAAGACAACAGAAACAAGUGUCGCAUUGCCACGGCGCCCUUGAUCGAAGCUGUGGAGAACCUGACGGCGUUCGCCUCCAACCCUGAGUUUGUCAGUGUUCCUGCCCAGAUCAGCAACGAGGGCUCCCAGGCCCAGGAACCCAUCUUGGUCUCGGCCAAGACUAUGCUGGAGAGCUCCUCACAUCUCAUCCGGACCGCUCGCUCGCUGGCCAUCAACCCCAAGGACCCGCCUACCUGGUCAGUGCUGGCCGGGCACUCCCACACCGUGUCUGACUCCAUCAAGAGCCUCAUCACCUCCAUCAGGGACAAGGCCCCUGGACAGAGGGAAUGUGACUACUCCAUCGAUGGUAUCAACCGCUGCAUCCGGGACAUCGAGCAGGCCUCUCUGGCGGCCGUCAGCCAGAGCUUGGCCACGAGAGACGACAUCUCUGUGGAGGCCUUACAAGAACAAUUGACUUCAGUCGUUCAGGAAAUCGGACAUCUCAUCGACCCCAUUGCCACCGCAGCUCGGGGAGAAGCGGCCCAGCUGGGACAUAAGGUGACGCAGCUGGCGAGCUACUUUGAGCCCUUGAUUCUGGCCGCCGUGGGCGUCGCCUCCAAGAUCUUGGACCACCAGCAGCAGAUGACCGUGUUGGACCAGACCAAGACGCUGGCUGAGUCUGCCCUGCAGAUGCUCUAUGCAGCCAAGGAAGGUGGAGGGAACCCCAAGGCCCAGCACACUCACGAUGCCAUCAUGGAGGCUGCCCAGCUCAUGAAGGAGGCUGUGGAUGACAUCAUGGUGACGCUGAACGAAGCCGCGAGCGAGGUGGGGCUGGUGGGUGGCAUGGUGGAUGCCAUCGCAGAAGCCAUGAGCAAGCUGGACGAAGGCACCCCUCCUGAGCCAAAGGGGACGUUCGUGGACUACCAGACAACAGUGGUCAAGUACUCCAAGGCCAUCGCGGUGACAGCUCAGGAAAUGAUGACUAAGUCGGUUACUAACCCAGAAGAGCUGGGCGGCCUGGCUUCGCACAUGACCAGUGACUAUGGGCACCUGGCCCUCCAGGGUCAGAUGGCAGCAGCCACGGCGGAACUGGAGGAGAUCAGCUUCCAGAUUCGCACACGGGUCCAGGACCUGGGCCAUGGCUGCAUCUUCCUGGUGCAGAAGGCGGGCGCCCUGCAGGUGUGCCCCUCCGACAGCUACACCAAGCAGGAGCUCUUCCAGUGUGCCCGUGCCGUCACGGAGAAGGUGUCUCUGGUGCUCUCGGCCCUCCAGGCGGGGAACAAGGGCACCCAGGCCUGCAUCACGGCUGCCACCGCCGUGUCCGGCAUCAUCGCCGACCUGGACACCACCAUCAUGUUCGCCACAGCAGGGACGUUGAACGCAGAGAACAACGAGUCCUUCGCAGACCACAGGGAGAACAUUCUGAAGACGGCCAAGGCCUUGGUGGAGGACACCAAGCUGCUGGUGUCCGGGGCUGCGUCCACUCCAGACAAGCUGGCCCAGGCUGCCCAGUCCUCUGCCGCCACCAUCACCCAGCUGGCCGAGGUGGUCAAGCUGGGGGCCGCCAGCCUGGGCUCCGAUGACCCCGAGACCCAGGUGGUACUCAUCAAUGCCAUCAAGGACGUGGCCAAGGCCCUUUCCGACCUCAUCGGUGCUACCAAGGGUGCUGCUAGCAAGCCUGCAGAUGACCCCUCCAUGUACCAGCUCAAGGGGGCUGCCAAGGUAAUGGUGACCAAUGUCACCUCCCUCCUCAAGACGGUGAAGGCAGUGGAGGACGAGGCCACGCGGGGCACGCGGGCACUGGAGGCCACCAUCGAGUACAUGAAACAGGAGCUCACGGUAUUCCAAUCCAAAGAGAUACCUGAAAAGACGUCCUCACCUGAGGAGUCCAUCAGGAUGACGAAAGGCAUCACCAUGGCAACGGCCAAAGCCGUGGCAGCCGGGAACUCGUGCCGACAAGAGGACGUGGUCGCCACAGCCAACCUGAGCCGGAAAGCCGUGGCCGACAUGCUGGCGGCGUGCAAGCAAGCUUCCUUCCACCCGGACGUGAGCGAGGAGGUGCGUACCAGAGCCCUGCGCUGUGGCACAGAAUGUGCCCUCGGCUACCUGGAACUGCUGGAGCACGUGCUGGUGAUCCUCCAGAAGCCGAGCCCGGAGCUCAAGCACCAACUGGCAGCCUUCUCCAAGCGUGUGGCUGGUGCUGUGACCGAGCUCAUCCAGGCUGCCGAGGCCAUGAAAGGCACAGAGUGGGUGGACCCAGAAGACCCCACCGUCAUUGCAGAAGCAGAGCUGCUGGGGGCUGCGGCGUCCAUCGAGGCUGCUGCUAAGAAGCUGGAGCAGCUGAAGCCCAGAGCAAAACCAAAACAAGCAGACGAGACCCUGGACUUUGAAGAACAGAUCCUGGAAGCUGCCAAGUCCAUUGCUGCGGCCACAAGUGCCCUGGUCAAAUCAGCCUCGGCUGCCCAGAGGGAGCUGGUGGCCCAAGGGAAGGUGGGCUCCAUCCCUGCCAACGCUGUGGACGACGGCCAGUGGUCGCAGGGACUGAUUUCUGCCGCCCGCAUGGUGGCGGCGGCAACCAGCAGCCUCUGUGAGGCGGCCAACGCCUCUGUCCAGGGCCACGCCAGCGAGGAGAAGCUCAUCUCAUCGGCCAAGCAGGUGGCGGCCUCCACGGCACAGCUGCUGGUGGCCUGCAAAGUCAAGGCCGACCAGGACUCGGAGGCCAUGAGGCGGCUACAGGCAGCCGGAAAUGCUGUGAAAAGGGCCUCAGACAAUCUCGUGCGUGCUGCCCAGAAGGCAGCCUUUGGCAAAGCCGCCGACGACGACGUCGUGGUGAAGACCAAGUUUGUCGGAGGCAUCGCUCAGAUCAUCGCCGCCCAGGAAGAGAUGCUGAAGAAAGAGCGGGAGCUCGAGGAGGCCAGGAAGAAGCUGGCCCAAAUCCGCCAGCAGCAAUACAAGUUCUUACCCACCGAACUUCGGGAGGACGAGGGCUAAGGCCGGAGCCUGGGGAUGCGCCCCAGGGGACAGCCUGACGGACAGACAGACUGCGCGUCCCCGAGGCUGGGCGGCUCCCUGGGCAAUGCUGCACGAUCUCGUGCUGUCAGGCGGUACAGUGCCCCACCCACAUGCUCCUAUGCCGCCUCCCCUCAUGCCUCACGUCUCAGGAGAGAGGGGCAUUUCGUGAACUGUUACCAAAAAAAAAAAAAAAAAAAAAAAAAAACAAGAAGUCAGUAUUACGUGGUUCACAAAAACCCUUCUGCAUAUGCGGGGCCUCCUCUGGGCCUCUUGUGACAUCUUCAUAGGAAACAAAAAAAAAAAAAAAAUACCAACUUGGAAAAAAUCAUGGGGUCUGAGAUACUCUGAGAUGUUCUCUCUCUCCAGACAAGAUGGGAGCAGGCGAUAGACGUGGACAAAAGAAUAAACAAACAAACCCAGAAGUGGGCACCGGUGUGGACCCCAGGAACACCCCCUCCCGCCGGGCCCCCGGUUCAUGUGGUGGACAGAGAAGGUCCACUCCUGUCUGCACACUUUCUUGCCUCGCUGUGUGACCUCCUUGCACAAUCAACACCCCUCCUGUAUUCAUCCUGUGGCCUCGAGAAUCCCAUGGUUAUUUUUUUUCUCCAUAAUCCAAAGGUCUGGGGUGGGGGUUGGCCAUCAGGACGUGUUAAGCAGGGGCUGUAAUAAAAGAUGUAGCCCCUCA